GUCCCCUGAUGCUGGCGCUCGCGAGAAGGGCCCGAAGCACGGCGCGAGCGAGCCGAAAUACGAGAUCACCUACGACGCCGUCCAACGGAUGGCCUUCCGCACGAAGAUUGGCGGGAAGACGCCUGAGCCGUCCAAGGACCUCUUCACGGAGGACAGGUCCAACCGAGGCGGGUUCAUGAAGGCUCGGUGGGAAGACGGGCACGUCGCCGAGUUGCCGACGCUGACCGUGGCUGCGUGGCGUUCGCAGAUGGUUGCUGGCGACAACGGGAGCAAGAAGGAGAAGGCCAGUGUCACAGCGGCAGGGAAAACAGCGUACUUCAGGGACAAGGACUCGCCCGUUGGCGACGUCAAGGUGGGGCGCAAAGGCCUGUCGAGCACGAAGUCAGGCGUCGAGUGCGGCGUAGUCCUCAAGGUCGACGGACAGCAAAAACUCCAGCUCGCGUUCAAGCACGUCGACGAGGCCGAGGCUACUCCAUGGAUGAACAAGAUCGCCAAGAGAUUCGCACAGGGCAAGGCCACGGAGCAGGAGCUGAAGAUCAUGAGGGAUGGCCUGCUGAAGUCCCAGGGCGUCGAAGUCAAGAAGCUUGCAUGCACUCCAGUGGCCAAGAAGCCUGCGGCGGCCAUUGGGAUCAAGCCUGCAGCGCGUGAGGAUCCUGAGAGUGCAGGUGACGGCGCCUCAGAUGGAGGCAGCGGCGAAGCUCCAGCUAGCGAUGAGGGAGACGACUACGACAGCGAAGCUCCAGCUGGUGAUGAGGGAGGCAGUGGCGAAGCUCCAGCUGGUGAUGAGGGAGGCAGCGACGAAGCUCCCGACGACGAAGAUCCAGAGGAGGACGCCCCCGAGCAGGACAUCGCAGAGGAGAUCGACGCCGAGGCCGAGGCGGAGAAACCGAAGAAGAAGCCAGCCAGCAAGCGCCCUGCUGCCGCGCCCAAGCUGACCUCGGAGCCGCCGCAAGCCAAGAGGAGGAGGCCGGCAGCGAGUGAGCCAGUGAGCGAGCCAAUGAGCGCCGCCCCUUGCAUCGAAGCCACGGCGCAGAGCGCGCCAGGGCAGCUGCCGCCGCCGCCAGACAGCCUGCUGAACGCCUUCGUGGGCCGCGCAAG